ACAAUUCCACAUACCAUAUAAUAUCACACACAAACACAUGUCUGUAUAUAUUUCCCGUUGGUUCCACGGUUGCUGUUUGAUUCUAGAGCUUCGUCCCACCUUUGCGCUGUCUGCUCUGUGUGUUUGUUUUCUUGCAUUCCACGGCUCCACAAGUUCCUACGGUAUCAGAUCGGAGAGUUCCGCUGACAAACGUCUUCUUAGUCCAGCUUUCAAAGUUGGGUCCCUGGAGUAUUCGUCUCUGUGCAGGAAGAAUCUUGAAGAAGGGUUACUCAAGCCGUUGGCAGAACCAUGAGUUUCCGCAAACCUGGUAUGGGACCCGCUAGGCGGGACAAGGCCAAGCCCGGCCGGUUCCAGGGUCUUACUGAUGAUCAGAAACAGGAGAUUCGUGAGGCCUUCGACCUCUUUGAUACAGAUGGUUCCGGGACGAUUGAUGCUAAGGAACUCAAAGUCGCCAUGAGGGCUCUUGGUUUUGAACCUAAAAAAGAGGAAAUCAAGAAGAUGAUUGCUGAUAUAGACAAAGAUGGAAGCGGUACUAUUGAUUUCGAUGAGUUCGUACAUAUGAUGACAGCAAAAAUGGGAGAGCGCGACUCCAGGGAGGAGAUCAUGAAAGCCUUCCGUCUCUUUGACGAUGACGAUACAGGCACGAUUACAUUCAAAGAUUUGAAGCGGGUUGCACGGGAGCUGGGUGAAAAUUUGUCCGAUGCAGAGUUGCAGGAGAUGAUUGAGGAAGCCGAUCGCGAUGGCGACAAUGCGGUCAGUGAGGACGAGUUUUACAGAAUCAUGAAGAAAACGAGCCUUUUUAACUAAGACUUCUGUUCUCUCGCACGAGAUCAACUGAAUGGUGGCUUUUCCUCAAAAUGUAGCGUGGGAUACUGAUGCUAUGCUGCCGCCACUGAGAUUUUCGCUGUGGGGAUUUGGCCACCAGGAAGGGUGAUUUGCAUUUUGUAUAUUCCUCACAGUAGCUCAUGCAACUUAGCAUAAGUAUACAGAACGUUAAGGUGCACUGUUUCUACGUCGAAUGAGAUUUUUCCACUUCC